AUGAGUGACGCGCUUUUUCCAAUUUUCGACAUUUCGACCUUUUUCGACUUUGCGCAAAUAGAGGACCCUCAUUGCGUGGAACUAACAACGGCAACGGGAGGAGCAGCGACAACACCAUCAUCGCAAAGCAUGUCCAUUUUACUUUCCAACAGCAGUAGCAACAACACCACGAAACCUGAAAGUUGCACCACCAACUCAUCCAUAGUCACGGAUAAACCCGACACUAAUCUAGGACUAAAAGCAACCGAGGAAUUAGCUUUGACGUUGACAUUAGCAGCAACAGAUGCUACCGCGGAUAAAGCGAUUGCCUCAACAUUUCUAGGAUGUUCGGAAAAUGAUUAUUACAGUGGAAUGAUAUUUGCAAACGAAUUUUUUCCUUCGGAAGAUAUUAUAUACGCGACUCCCUUUUUUACCACAUCUGCGAAUGAUAGUGGCGAUGACACGUCAACAUCUCUUGAUAAUGACAUUAAUAAUAAUAACCUCGCAUCAAAUUCGUUCACUUCAACAACUAAAACAUCCCUAAAUAAUAUUACAUCAAGCGUUUCAACUUUUCUUGAUAAUACUCUCGACACUACUGCCAUAUCCACUACGCCUAUUCAAUCAUCACCAUGUUCUACUCCAAAGGCAAAGACACCCCAGAAAACUCAUGCGGGAUUAUCAUCACUUCCAUUUUAUGAACAAGAAAAUAUGUCAACAAUAACUAGAAAGCGACCAUUAGUGGAAUAUGAUCGUCAAACCAAACCUCCUUAUUCCUAUGCUGCUCUUAUAGGACAGGCAAUUCUCCAGUCACCAAGUAGGAAGAUGACAUUAAAUGAAAUCUAUACAUGGAUAACAGAAAAUUAUCCUUAUUAUCAACGAGAAGAAAAAUCUGGUAGUGGUUGGGAGAAUUCGAUCCGACAUAAUCUAUCGCUUAAUAAAGCAUUCAAAAGGUUGCCACGAACUGAAGGACAACCAGGAAAAGGAUGCUAUUGGACGAUUCUCCCCGAACAGGAAUCCACUAUCAAAAACAGUUCCUUCAAAGAACGUAGAUCUAGCAAAAAAUUCAAGGCGUCGCCUGCAAAAUCAAACACGACUGUAAAGGUCGAAAAUAAUAAUGGAGUUGUUGAUUCGAAUUCCUCAAUAGUCCCUCACUCACAAUUAAAGGAGGAAGUAUAUCCGAUUCCAGUUGUCUCUUUUGGUCAAUCUGGUGAUGUCUUGAUCCAGAUGGCAGCCGAAGCGAUGGUCGAAAUGCAAAACCAUGACAUUAAAGUUGAAAUGAUUGAUUUCACAAAAGCAGACGAAAAUGAAGUUGCUCAUAGUGCAAUUGGUGUUAAGACAGAACAUGUGACAACACCUCGUACAAAAAAGCAAGCAUCCGAUUUAAACGAGAGCAAAAAGGAUGAUGUAGAUGAGGGUUACGUUGAUACUGAAAUUCAAGCAGAAUCUAAAGCAACAAAAACAACUAAAAACACACCUGCCACACUUGAACACAUCCUUAAGUCGUCUCUUAAGGAAUUCGUGUCACCUGUUGAAGUGCUUUUGCAACCAUUGGUUCCUGCAUGUGAUCUUCGAAAAGUGAAUUAG